UUCAAAUUGCCCAAAUGCUGAAGAAGAUGAGAGUGAACCUAAAGCAAAAACACUAGCUGGGAAUCUUUCUCUCUUCCACGUCCCCUUUUGCCUGAAAUGAAAUGAGGUAUUCAAAAAUAGAAAUGAGAUCAGUAAUCUAUGCUUCACAAAAUGGGGGAAAAGGGGCAACAGGCGACUACAAAGUCGAUCAUGAAACUAUGCUUAGUCGUACGUUCUUCAUCCGAUCAGGUCUUCAAUUCGCCACCACCGCCGAAUCAAUCCUUCGCCAACAAGCUAGUUUCGCCACCACCCCGCCGGAGCUCACAGCCACGCCGGAGAGUCGCCAGAAACCGGGGAGAGGGAGAGAGCUGACGCCGGAAAAGCUGCACUGCCGGAGGGGCUCUGCUUACGUCGGACGCUGGAGCUCGCCGGAUCUUCUUGCCGUUCUUCGCUGUCCUCGACCAAUCCACCGCCGUCCACCGGAGAAGACAGUCAAGAUGAGAGAUUUGUUUGGUGGCCUAGGGAAGCCGAGUGGGCUCUUAGUCAGAAUAUUGCAGUGUGUAUUUUCACUUGCUUCCGCUGGAGUAAUGGUUUUAGCUUCAUACUUCAUAAGGAACACCAGUUUUUGGUGCUUGGCACUUGUGAUGGGGGUUCUAUUUUUAUGGAGUUUAAGUCUAUCUUGCCUGGAUUUUCAUUCCAUAAUGUUCAGAAGGAGAGGGCAUUCUGUUUUCCUUCUAGUCCUGAUUUGUAUUGGUGACUGGGUGAUGACGAUUAUAUCUCUUGGUGUUGCAUGCGCAUCUGCUGGUGUAGUGAAUUUUCUAUACAAGUUUGAUAGUUGCUAUAAGCUGUACAUGCCAUGCAACAUGUAUCGUCUUUCAAUUGCACUAGCAUUUGUCGCUUGCUUCUUUAUAGCGAUUUCUGCUAGUGUUAUGUUUAGGCUUGUAGUCUCGUCUUAUUAGAUAUAAGCUGCUACGGAUCUUUCUAUUGUAAAUAGUACUACUAGGUGGUUAUGUGUUUCUUUUAUGAUGUUUAGGUGGGCAUGUAUUUCUUUUCUGAUGUUAUAAAUAGUACUGUUGAAGUCUUUCA